UACGUGGCACACAGCAGUCGCUAGAGCAGCUCCGGGGGCUAUCGUAGCAACGUGAAGCAUUGUGGGGCAGAGGCGGCCUUCUCUUCAUUGAGACCGGCAAGACUUGCUGAAGUAAAUAUCAGAGGCAGAAGAUUUCUGUAUUAGCUAAUUAAUAGUUUAUUGACUAAAAGCACUAAGCCUCAGUUUCUUUAGACAUGGGGCAGGAGGAGCUUAUGAGUCGAGCCGAAGAUGUGGCGGACCAGGUAGCUAACUUCGUUGUUUCACAGGCUAAAGUUAGUUGUUAGCUAGCUAGGUUGCUAACUUUUCAGACCGAUUCAGAGGAACAGCGGGUUCUAGCUAGGUAGCCACAGCUGCCCGAGUGGGUUAUUCAUUUAUAUCUUGCUAGCUAGCUAAUAUUACUUGCGCAAUUAGCUAGCUACACGUAUUAUUUGCUAGAUAACUUGAGGAAGACAUAGCUUGCCAAUUAUCCUACGCGUUAGGUAGCAUGAUGUAGGUAGCUAAUUACUGCAGGAGAAUACAACUGCACAUAUUAUUACCGUGCUUUCCCUAGCUACUUGUAUUUAGGUAGCUCACAUGCAAGCUACCUAGCCAGUGAACUUGGAAGCAAUGAUUCAUAAUUCCCGGUUAACUAGUUAAUGAUGCAACUCUGGCCACACAGUCGCUUAGAAUUCUCAACUCCACGAUAUGUAGCUAGCUAACGGUACCGUCUGCUACCGUACUAUUUCACAUCUCAUUCUCAAUGGAGUUGUGGUGGAGUUAAGAACUCUCAGCUAGCCACACAGUAACACACUAAAGUUGACUGUCUAUGCAAAUUCACUCCCCACAGAGACACCACACAACUCUUAUGAAGUGUGUGUAAGAACACAAUAGAAGAGUGUUGUGAAAUGUAGAAGACAGAGGCAGAAAAUGUUAAAUUAUUGUAGGCCCCUUUGGUAAGUCUAGCUUUUUGCCCCGUGGAUGAAAUUGCAAUCCCCUUGGAAUUCGGAUCUAUAAGGGGACUGUGUCAAGAGCCAUAGUUCAGGUUACAGAGCUGUUACCCAGGUUGAAGAUUGGACUGGAAGUCAAAUCGUGCUGUAUUUCAGUCGAUAGUAAAGACCUGGGCUAUUUCCAAUCCUAUAGCCUUCCACUAUCCAUGUGAACUUUUCUGUUUGCCCAGUUUACAUACUCUCCGGACAGACAUUAAGUAAAGGUGUAACAUAGGCCUGCUACUUUAUUUUACACUGUUUUCAAUAAUCCCCAGCUGAUACCAAAUAUUUAGUUCACCCCGUUGGCAUUUUAGCAUUGCUGUAAAAUAGCAUAGUCUGGAAAUUUCACCUCUUAAAUUGCUGUGCCAUGAAACAUGUCUUAAGACAGGCCUGUUCUACAUUUUAACGGCACAUUUUAACAAGACAGUGCUGAAAAUUCCUCACUAAUGAGCUGUAAGCAAACCGUUCUGAUCUAAUGUAGGCUACUCGACUGAGGCUUUAGCAGCACCUUUUCGGUCCUCUCUGAUUGGCUGCUAGGCCCUCCCAUUCGUGUGCUCUAUGAAUGACAUGUGGGAGUUGUUGAACUGUGAUAGGCCACCUCAAAACAGGCAGUGCUGAUGUGUACUGUAUGGUGGGAGGUGUUGUGAGAUGGUUACUGUUCUUCUGGUGUACUUUAGUAGGUAGACAAUGAUCAGUUCCAAAGUAUUGGAGGGAAGCCAACAUAUGGAGGAUUAUUGAAUGUAGGGCAGUUGGUUUUUGUUCAAGUUUAACUAAGUGAGCAGGGAUUGAUUUCACACACACGGUAUGAAAUAAAACAUUAUUAAAGUGACUAUUGAAUCAUUUAUUAAAGUGACCCAUGAUUUCAAGUCUAUGUAGGCAGCUGCCCCUUUUGCUUCUGAUGUCUGAUAGCCUUGAGAUAGAAGCUGUUUUUCAGUCUCUCGGUCACAGCUUUGAUGUACCUGUACUGACCUCGCCUUCUGGAUUGUAGCGGGGUGAACAGGCAGUGGCUCAGGUGGUUGUCCUUGAUCUUUUUGGCCUCGGGUGCUGUAGGUGUCCUGGAGGGCAGGUAGUUUGCCCCCGGUGAUGCGUUGUGCAGACUGCACCACCCUCUGGAGAGCCUUGUGGUGUUUGCAGAUGUUUCUAACCUAGUAUGUAGUACUUUGAGACUGACACAAAGUAGGGUGCUUUUCUGAAUGCCUGUAUUGGUCCAACUUGUCAUUAAAUACCAUCUUCUAGGGCCUCCCGAGUGGCGCAGCGGUCUAAGGCACUGCAUCGCAGUACUAGAGGUGUCACUACAGACCCGGGUUCAAUCCCAGGCUUUAUCACAACCGGCUGUGAUUGGGAGUCCCAUAGGCCAGCGCAGAAUUGGCUCCGCGUUAGGGGAGGGUUUGGCCGGGGGGUCUUUACUUGGCUCAUUGCGCUCUAGCGACUCCUUGUGGCGGGCCAGGCACCUGCAGGCUGACCUCGAUCGUCAGGUGAACACAUUGUGCGUCUGGCUUCUGGGUUAAGCGGGCUGGUGUUAAGAAGCGCGGUUUGACGGGUCAUGUUUCAUAGGACGCAUGGCUCGACCUUCGCCUCCUGAGUCCGUUGGGGAGUUGCAGCGAUGAGACAAGAUCGAAAUUGGGGAGAAAAGGGGAGUUAAAAAAAAAAAAGACCUUUUUCCCUGCUGAAAUGCUACCAGUUGGCCUACUGUGUCUCUUCUCCCAAAUUUCUUCUGGAAGGGCCUUUCAUGUAAUCUCCUGUAGAUUUUCAGUAGAUUUAUUUAAAGUUCUUGCGGAUGACGAAGCAGUACCUGCCUCACCUGGCUCGGCUGUGUCUAAUCAGCACCUUCCUGGAGGACGGCAUCCGUAUGUGGUUCCAGUGGAACGAGCAAAAGGACUACAUCGAGGCGACGUGGGGCUGUGGCUACUUCCUGGCCACCUGCUUUGUGCUGCUCAACCUCACAGGACAGCUUGGUGGCUGUGUCCUUAUCCUCAGUAGAAAUUUUGUACAGUAUGCCUGCUUUGGAUUGUUUGGAGUCAUAGCUCUACAGACGGUUGCAUACAGUAUUUUAUGGGAUAUAAAAUUUCUGAUGAGGAACCUUGCUCUUGGCGGUGGACUCCUGCUGUUACUAGCGGAGUCGCGUUCAGAAGGGAAGAGCAUGUUCGCUGGCGUCCCCUCCAUGGGGGAGAGCUCACCGAAGCAGUACAUGCAGCUGGGAGGGAGAGUCCUGUUGGUGCUCAUGUUCAUGACCCUGCUGCACUUUGACCCCAGCUUCUUCUCGAUCCUCCAGAACAUGGUGGGCACGGCUCUCAUCAUCCUGGUGGCCAUUGGCUUCAAGACCAAGCUGGCCGCCCUGACCCUGGUAAUAUGGCUGCUGGCCAUCAACGUCUACUUCAACGCCUUUUGGACGGUGCCCGCCUACAAGCCUAUGCAUGACUUCCUCAAGUACGAUUUCUUCCAGACCACGUCCGUCAUCGGAGGGCUGCUGUUAGUCGUGGCACUGGGGCCCGGCGGGGUGUCCAUGGACGAGAAGAAGAAGGAGUGGUAGGGAGAGGGAGAUGCACAAACACCACUGACCCCAGGACACACAAGGACCCCCAGGGUACUCGUCAUUUUUCUGACCAUCCACAGCAACCUCUCCCUCCACCGUUCUGUCUCCUCCUUUUCUUUUUUCACAUUUAGUUUUCCAGCUGCUGUUUGUUUUUAUGAGGUCAAUAUGGUCGGUACUGGAUUAUUUUAUACACCUAUUUAUGUCCCCUUUAUUUUGGUGGCAAGGAAAAAGUCAGAUUUUGAAUAAACUGUCAAAGUGCAAAGUAACUAAUUCAUGAGUGAUGGGUGGAUGAAAAAAAAAAUUGGUUCUGUGUUGGAGAGGUAUGAAUAUCACAAUGUAUUUAUGGAUGUUAUCAUAACCUUUCAGAAAGAAACAGUUUUUUGUGAAUAGCUGAAAAACAGUGGUGAGUACGUGUAUCAGUUUGCUGGCCAAGGAAGGCGCCAAUCUUUUCCUGCUUGUUGGACCAUCUGUGACUUGCUCAUAUCAAUACUGAGACCUCUGGCACUGAAUACAAUACGAUUCUCCCUCACUCUGUAGGUUGCCAUCUUCCCUGCUUUUCAGAAGUCCCAGGCCUCAUCCUUACACACAUCCAGUCCCAUGGCUGUGACUCAUGGAUUGCAUAUGGAGAUGAGUUGUGGGGGAUGUGUGCAUUGUAUACUACUAUUCAAAAUGAUGGAUUGAAGUUGUGCUUGAUUGAAUAUCGAAACAAUUGUUAGCACCAGAACUCUUUUUGGGCUCUUUGUUCUUUACAUCUAGGGCAAAUGCCUAACUAGUAACUGUAUUUUAACAGGGCAGUAGUGGGAGUUUGACAUUUGUGAAACGCCAUAUUCCUCAAUCUAAAGAAGCAAGCAGAACUGAAGAGUCAACAAUCACCCUGACUUUUUCCUUUGUUCAGUGUUUUUGCUUUAUACUGUAUAAGGAAAUAAACAUCUUGAGUUUAUUGAUUUUCA